AUGUUAUUUCCUGCUCUACUAUCCGUUUUAAGAUUAGUUCCAAUAUAUUAUCCAUUCAAAGUCGACGAGAUAUGUGCCCGAAUAGUUCGGAGGUCGACACCUCUUAUCUUCAUCUAUCCGUUUUUAUUUUGUUUUCCAUUGAUACCAGCACUAGGGGAUUGUCGACAACUUCUUGGAACUUAUCAAUUUGGAGGCAUUUACUUCUAUUGGACUGGUGCCUGGCUCAAUAUAAAACAAGCGGAAAGUCUUAUUCUCAACUCCGUGUUCUGGUGCUCCUUUUGCACAAUUGCCAACGUGAUUCUCUAUAAGAAACUGAAGAAGAUGAGAACAAAAAGAGAGAGUGUCAAACUGCAAAGAUCUGAACUUUCGUUGACCCUUAUCACAUUCUCCAUGUUUCCCGCUUACUUCACUAACUUUGCAUUUUUGUUUGGUUUCCUUAUCUCAGCCGAAUCUGCUGCCUAUCUAAUUGCAUUAAGACCUUAUGGAAGUGAUGUUGAAUUCGUUGGUGUCGCAUGGAUAUUCUACUUGACUCAUCCCAUAUUUAGAAAAAAACGGGUUUUUCCGGUGGAUGGAACCAGAACUCAAGUCACAUUUUGA